AUGAAACCAUCUAAACUGCAAGAUCAUCUGAGAAGAUGCCACCCUGAUAAAACAGAGAAAGAUUUGAAAUACUUUCAAACACUCAAAGAUAAAUUUCAGAAGAGACCUACACUGGACAGAAUGUUCGCUUCGACGUCACAAAGAAAUGAUGAUGGUUUGCGGGCGUCUUACAAUAUCUCGUUACUUAUAGCAAAAUCCGGAAAACCGCAUACUAUCGGAGAGAAGUUAAUUUUGCCAGCCGUUGAAGAGGUUUUAAAAACUGUUUUACACAAACCUGUAUCUGAUAUCAUUAAAAGAAUUCCCUUAAGCAACAAUACUGUUGAAGACGUAUUGAUGAAAUGA